AUGGACGUUACAUCGUUGUUGAAUUCAAGCAGUGUUGCUGCUGAGCAGCAAAAUCAUCAAGGAGAGAAAUUCGUUCUCCCAUCGAGAAAUCGAACUCCAUGGGACGCAAAUGGCUAUUCACUGCCAAUCAACACAUCAAAUCAUACGAUUAAUAUUAAAGAAUUCGGUACAGGAAAUGAGUUGAGUACGGUGAACGCCAUGAACCCAAAGAUUCACUGCUAUGAUUCACAUGGGACGGAUUUAGAAAAGUCACCUCAUCAUAAAUUUUCUGAUAGCCGGAGCAGUUUGUCUUCCUUUACCUCGACAACCAACUCAACUGCCCCUUCUUCUUCGAACCACUCCAGAUUUAGUUCUUUCAGUACCAUCAACAGUAGCUAUCCGAUCACUUCUUUGCACGGUUACUGCAAAUCUUCAUCAGAGAAUUCUACAGAUUUAAAUUGUUCUCCUUAUUCCUCGAUUACCCAGCAAACCAAAGUCGAGUCGCGUUCUGCCCCAACCUCCCCACACAACAGGAAGAUCAGCAUCAUGGUUUCCAGUCCAACAGAAAACCUUGAUGCUCUAGCCACUUUAGCUGAGCAAGAGUCUUCUCGGUCGUCCCCUGAAAGUAAAAAUGUCCGAUCUCAAAGCAUGGCAGCUGCACCAGGAGCUUCGCUGGCUGACUCUGCCGAUUCCAUCAGGGAGUCGGAUAGUCGACCUGAUUCACCAAGUGAUGCUAUGUUGAUCAGACGUCCAGAUCUACCGCGCUUGAAUACUGAUGCAAGUGAUAAUGGCUCCGAGUCAGAUCAUAGUAGCAAUUAUUAUCGCAGCGCUCAGCUUGAGUUCAAUCAUGGAGCCAUGAAUCCUACAUUGCACAAGCGAAACAUUUCUGCACCAAUUUUGCGCCGACCAAGUCGUGUUUCGGCAUCUGGUGUUGGUCCAAUUCCCGAACUCACCCCACCCAACUCCACCCGUCUUGCGAACCUUCCAUCACCCCUCGAUGAUGGAGAUGAGGAUGCAGAGGGCGACCCAGCUACACCACCACCAGCUGAUGGGGAUGCAGACACUGUUCCUGAGUGUAUGUACAUUCCCAAUUGUGAGACGGGUUCGCAACCUCGCAAGGCAAUCUCACAUAUCUUUGGUCGAAACAAGAUGUGCACUAGGUUGAUUCCACAAUCUGUUUGGGUCCACUAUUGUCGCAAGCAUUAUCAACGCUCCCGUUAUCGUAAUCCUAAGGAGUAUGCCAAGCUACAAUGCGAUUUGGUACAACAGCAAAUUCGUCGUGUAUACGACUGGUCUACACAGAACAUGCGUCGUGGUGAGCCAGGUACUAUCAAAGACUGGGGCAUAGCUAUUAGAAAGCGUGAGCAGAAGCGGUUGGAUGAGCUCAAGGGUUCCGGCCGAAAGAGACGUGCUUCUACUUUUGAUGAUGAGGAUGAGGGCGACGAAGAUGCGCAGGGUCCCCGUCCACCAACAGCUGUUCCAGAUUGGCUUCUUCAUGUCAUCGGAACAGGUUAUACCACCGAAGAGAUUCUAGAAAUCUUCAACCGCCUCCACCAAGAAGUUCUUGAAGACCUCUUACCUUGUUUCCCAGACAUUGAAAUUCUUCCAAACAUCACCAUCGACCAAGAUGAACCCAAGUCUCCUAAGGGCUAUGCAAAGCGCAAGGUAUCAUCUGCUGGUCACAAGCGCUCCCAAUCUCUUGGUGUCGCUGCUAUGAAGACGCAAAGCUACAGCUCUCCUGCAGUACAGGAUCGAAAAAUGAGCCAACCAGUCCAAUAUCAAAGCUCAAGUAAUGGGGUUCCUGUUUACAGCGCCACCAUGAAGCGUCGUCGUCCUAAUCCAGGCGAUGCUAAUGCUCAACAUAUGCAAUUUGCACCACUCUUAACAGAUGUCGAGCGUCGUCGCAUGUCAUUUCAGCCUGCUUUUCCUAGCUUUGAUCGAAUUGAUGAAAAUUAUCAAUCAUCUAUCGGUGACAAUGACUUUGAAUUCCCAAGAAGUCGUCAAAGUGGUCGGUCCUCCUCAGUUUAUCAAUCGCCAUUGGCGGCACCAGUUGCUCGUCCAUUGGGUAUCCAUCAGAACCAGGUGGAGACACAGAUUCAACAGAUGGAGAGCGGUGGUGCCAGCUUCAGCAUGAAUGGCGGCAUGGGAACGGGGAUGAGCAUGGGUGGACAAAGUAUAGUACCCAUUCGUGGUCGUCCUCAACACCAACGUUCGCAUUCUGAUUUUGUGGUUCCUCGAACUGCAAUGCAACAAAAUAUGAUGUCUGGGACUGCUAUGCAGCCAAAUCUCAUGUCUCCCCAGAACUUCAACAACAAUAUUGAGUUCUCAACCCCUCAAUACCAGCAACCUAGUUAUGGUCAAUUGAAUGAAUCUCAUCAACAACAAGGUGUUCGCCAAAGCUCUUACCACAUGCAGCAAGGCCGUCGUCAAUUUGCUGAACAACAUCAACAACAACACUUUGCGCAACAACAACAAUUCCGUCGACAAUCUUCAGCAACUAGUAGCGUUGGCAACAGCCCUAUCCCGAGUUCAAUCAGUCAAGCCAAUAAUCCCACUCUUCAACAAGGUUUCCAACCCAAUCCCAGACGAACUCAAAGUUCUCAGAUGCGAGGCAAUCAGAUUUUUGAUGAGAACAGCACCAGGCGUCGUAAAUACGACCAAGGCAAUUAA